GAUUUGAUCUAGCUGGGAUACUUCUACUUUUUAGAUGAAUGAAUACAUAUAAGGAGCCAGGCUGAAAUCUUUAUCAAGCAUUUCGUCCAAGAUUGCAAUUUGGUAUUCUCAGCCACUCUCCUGAAAGAAAAACCGUUCAAUGUACAAAUCUACCGUCAAUCUUAUCCUCCCAUGAAUGGAAAUCUAAGAAAAAUCAUGAAGAGAAGAUUUUUGAUAGCGGAAUUCUUUUCGUUUCUUGUCUUAUAUUCCUUUCGUCAAAUCUAAGGCUUUGAUCAUUAUCCUUAACCCCAAACAAAUGACAACCAGCCCACCAACCUAUUAAACCUCUCCUUUCCCCUCCCACCACAUUUAAAAUCAGACAAUUCAAAUAGAUUUUCUAAACACACCAACUUCAGCCUACGAUCUCUCAAAACCUCUAUUAUUCAUCUAUCUCCGAGUGAAGAUUCCCACCACAAUGCCACGCAAAAACCGAGCCAUUAAAGUCAGAUCCCAACAUCAAUCAAAUCCUUCCGCAGAACCAGAACCCGAAGUGCAACUGCAAGAAAGCAAUACAAGCACACAAUCACAAUCUGAUUCCUACGAAGAAGAUUUGGGACCAGAAGCCCAGCUUCGAGAGAGCCAGAUAAUCCUCCAGGCGUAUCCUGAUCCCGAUGUGAUGGGUCCAAAACCAGAAGCCCAGCUUCGAGAGAGCCAGAUAAUCCUCCAGGCGUAUCCUGAUCCCGAUGUGAUGGGUCCAAAACCUGAAGUAGAGUCUCCAACUGCCUUGAUCGAAGAGUCCCAAGAAUUGUUAGAGAAUCAAGAGGAAACUCUGUCUACCUAUGUUUCGCCUCAAGAGGUAGGAUCUUCAACCGAAGAAGACGAUGUAGAAGAUGAAGUAAGAAACGUGCAAGAUUCAAGUGAUGAAGAUCGCCAGAAUUUCGGACAGAGGCAAGAAGAGACGCUGGGUGCUGAAAUAAACAGAUCUGAAUCGGGCUCCCAGAUGGAAUUGAACGAUGAAGAUGGCCCACUGCACAUGGCAAGUAAUGAGGUAUCUCACGAUCCCUCUCAGCAUCUAUCCAAGACCCAAGCUGUUCAAAGUCAGGAGUCAGACCCCGAUGAUCUCGACAGAGGAGGAGAGCCUCCGCUGUUCUUCAGGAACGAAUUAUUACGAAAGAGAAGUCAAGGUUCAACUCAUCAUGUCGUCAGUUCAAACAAAAACCUCCCUGCUCGAUUCGAGACCGAACCUACAUUGCAAAACCUCAACUCUGACACAGAGGACCGGCCAGAAAGCACAGAAUCCACACCCUCUUCUUUGGCGUCACAAUACCACAAGGUCACUGAGAUGGUCCGUACAGAGACCACGAGAAUCAUGCGAAGUUCUCGGCGGGAAAGGAUUCGGAUCGAGGUGUUGAAGCGGGAUCCUGAAACACGUACUUUGCGCGAAAAGGAAGAAGAUUUAGAGGACCAUGAGACAGUGUUGAUUGAUCUUAUUGGUGAUUUGACGAGUGAUUUGAAGAAGACAAGGAAUGAGUUGAAAAGAGUUGGGAGGAUGUAUAGAAAAUCCUUGGCAGAUUUCCAACAGGUGCCGGAGUGAUGGGUUAGAAAGUUUGGGUUGAUAGGGGAAGGGCAAACUGAUCAAAUUUUGAGCUACUGCACUGGCA